AUGCACGACAGUCUAUCAAGUCGAGAAAAAGAAAUUUUAGAAGAUGUUACUUCGGACGGCGAUUAUAUCGAUCAGAUGUGUAAUUUAAAAUCGCGAUUAGACGAUUUGAAGGAGCAGGUUGAGAAAUGUGAACGUUUAAUGGAUGUGGUGGAAGAGAAAUUUGAUCAUAAAAUAGAUGCUGCUUAUAAAGCCGCUCAUGCUAUAACACUUUCUCGUAUUAUAAGAGAUAUUCGUAAAAGACAGGCAUUAUUCUUUACGCUAUCCUUUAUUAUCUUGCUAAUUAUCGUAAUAUGGCGCUAUGAUGAACAAUAUAUAUUCGAUGUUGUCACCGAGAGUAUAAUUCAAGCUGUAGCUUACGCACGAUCUGAAACAUAUAUUUUAUUCCCUAAGUUAACGGUACCUUCUCAAUAG